AUGGCUUCCGCCCCGUCGGCCCCGUCGACGGCGCCGUCACUGGUGGACACCCUCUUCCAGCGCUCGCUGGACGAUCUCGUCAAGUCCCUCCGCGCCGACCCUUCAGCCGCCGGCGAGUCGUUGGCCGUUGGCCGCGCCCUCUCCGAGAUCCACCGUGAGAUCCGCGCCCCGGACGCGGCAACCAAGGCCGUCGCGCUCCAGAAGUUCACCUACCUCUCCUCCCUCCACUUCGUCCCCGUCGUCUCCCACCCGCACGCGUUCCCCGCCAUCGAGCUCCUCGCCUCGCCGCACCUCCCACACAAGCGCCUCGCCUAUCUCGCCGCCUCGCUGUCGCUCCACCCCGCCUCGCUCUCCCUCCUCCCGCUCGCCACCCACCAGAUCCACAAGGACCUCUCUCCUUCCACCUCCGCCGCCGCCUCCCACCACGUAUGCGCCCUCGCGCUCCAGCUCCUUGCCUCCCCCGCCGCAGCCGCCGCGCCCGACCUCGCCGUCCACCUCGCGCACGACCUCGUGCCCCACCUGUCCCGUGGCAGCCCACGCGCUAUCGCUGCCGCAGCGCGCAUCAUAGCCGCCUCCCCGUCUACUGGUGUGCCGGUCCUCUUCAAGCCACUGGCUGCAUGUCUUGCUUCGUCCGACCCACGGGCGUCAACUGCGGCUGCAUCCGCCUUCUGUGAGCUGUCGGCGCCGCCGGCUGAUGUGGCCCCAUUCCUGCCUCUCGCGCCUGACCUUUACAAUCUGCUAACCACAUCCCGCUCCAACUGGGCGCUCAUCAAGGUGCUCAAGAUAUUUGCUAGGCUGGCUCCUCUGGAGUCACGUCUAGCCGCACGGAUUGUUGAUCCAGUCUGCCAGCUCCUCACUCGUUCUUCAGCCAUGUCGCUGACAUUCGAGUGUGUCCGCACGGUGCUAACUGCACUACCGGCGCAUGGUGCCGCAGUGAGCCUUGCCAUUGGGAAAGUCAAGGAAUUCCUUGCUGCUUCUGAUGAUCCUAACCUGCGCUAUCUUGGCCUCUUGGCACUUGGUAUGCUUGGCCCAGCAUAUGCAUCAACUGUCAAUGAGAGUCGUGAUGUGAUUGCCCUGUCACUGGGUGAUGCUGACUCAAACAUCCGUAGGGAGGCAUUGCACCUUAUGAUGGGAAUGGUUGAUGAAAACAAUGUCAUGGAUAUUGCUGGCAUGCUGGUCAGUCAUGCCGCAAGGUCAGACCCAGAGUUUGCAAAUGAUAUUCUUGGGGCCGUCCUAGCAGCAUGUGGGCGCAAUGUAUAUGAGCUGGUGUCAGAUUUUGAUUGGUAUAUCUCACUACUCGCAGAUAUGGCUAGGAGCUUGCACUGUGCGCAGGGGGAUGAGAUUGGUCGCCAGCUUGUUGAUGUGGGACUUAGGGUGCAUGAUGCACGGCCAGAGCUUGUCCGUUCAGCUCGAUCUCUCUUAAUUGAUCCUGCUUUGCUUGGGAACAAUCUCCUAUGCUCUGUUCUUUCUGCUGCUGCAUGGGUCUCUGGUGAGUAUAUUGAUUGUAGCAAGGAUCCUGUUGAGCUUGUUGAGGCACUGUCACAGCCAAGGACUAGCCUCUUGCCAAUGUCAGUGAGAGCUGUGUACAUCCAGGCAGUACUUAAAGUGGUCACCUUCUGUUGCAAUUUAUAUGUAGAGAGUUCGAAUGAUUCAAACAAGGAAUCGGAUCUAGUGUUUGAUGAGUUAGCUGUUGAUCAAACUGUUAGUAGGGGAAGCAAGUCUGAAACUCAACCUGCUGAAGAACAAAUCAUUAUGCCAGGCACAGCUAAAAAUGACCCCUUUUCAAACAAAUCAAUAGUUUACAUGAUUAACUUGAUUGAAACAACGGUUGGGCCACUUGUUGAGUCCAAGGAAGUUGAGGUCCUGGAGAGGGCACGCAACCUGAUUGGUUUUGUCCAUUUGUUAAGAGAGAUCUGGGAGUUGAAGGAAAGGAAGGUCAGUGAUCAUAACAAGCAUAACCGGGUCGUGGAGCUUAUUAAUAGUAUGCAAAAAGUAUUCUCUCAGGAAUUAAGGCCUGUUUCUGUGAAUGCCCAGAAGAAAAUUUCCCUUCCUGAGGAUCUUGUCUUGCAUGAAAAUCUGUCUGAACUUGCUGACAUUUUAAGUGAAGAUGACACUAUUCUGUCAACUUCAAUCUCUUUUAUCUCUCGCAACUGUCAUUCUGUAGAGACUAGAGAUGAGCCUGCAGUAGUGUCAGUUGAUUCAUCUUCUCUUUUUGAGCACCGUAAACGGCACGGGAUAUACUAUCUCCCAACAGGAAAAGCUGAGGAUGACGCAAAUAGCUACCCUCGUGCCAAUGAUCCUCUUCUUUCCGCUGAGAAUGCAAGUGCCAUGGAGGAUAAAUCCGAGACUGUCCAGCCUGUAUCUGCUGGGAAAAAAUUGAAGGCCAUGAGGUCCAGACCAAAAGUAGUGAAAUUGGAUGGCGAAGAUUUCCUAAGUUCUAUGAUGACUAGUGCAAAUAUUCUAAAGGCUGCAGAUAAGUCAGAAGUCAUGGGCAAAAAAAUGGACACUGGCGAAUCUAGUUCUCAAUGGAUACAGAACAUAUAUGCUGAUACUGGAAGCCUUUCUACUUCAAGUUCUAGGACAAGUAAGCAACACGAUCUUACUAAAGAGAAGAGCACAAUACCUCCUGACAGUGAUAAGAAAGAGCCGAGAAAGCAUAGAACCUCUUCUAGGAGUGGGCAUCGUCAAGGAAAACAUACGCACAGAGAAAGACCUAGUACUCAGCCUGAUGUUGCACCUCAAGCUCCGGUUGUUCAAGAUUUCCUUCUGUAG